UCUCCAUACACGUCUUCCACACUCCAUUAACACACUCAUUUCCACGCACAAAUACAUCCGCACACACCUCUCUCUCUCUCUAUAUAUAUAUAGAAAGUGAGAGAGAGAGAGAUACAGAGAGAUAUUUUCAGUGACACACUCACACAGAGAGCUGAGUUCCACUAUGCGUCGCCAGCCGAAGCACAGGCCUCUCCUCACGGUUGUCGUCUUCCUGGUCUUAUGCGGCCUCACCUAUGGUCGCUUCAUCGCCGACCAAUCAGAUCUCGUCUCUGAUGGGGUCCACUCCUCCAAGCUCCCCAACUUCCUCCGCCUCUACGCGGCGGAGGAGACCUGUGAGCAGACCUACGGUUUCAUGCCCUGUACCUCCACUGCACUGGGGAACCUCUUCUUAAUUCUGGUCUACGGUUAUCUCAUGUUCCUUGCCGCAACCUAUCUCUCCACCGGCAGCGAGCUUCUGCUUGAGAUCCUCGGCCCUGGAAUCGUCGGCGGCCUUUUCCUUCCGAUGCUCGGAGCACUUCCUGAUGCUAUGCUUAUUCUUGUCUCGGGGCUGUCUGGAAGUGUAGAGACUGCUCAAAGCCAGGUAUCAGUUGGAAUGGGACUUCUAGCUGGGUCAACAGUCAUGCUUCUUACUGUGAUUUGGGGUACCUGUGUUGUUGUUGGAAAGUGUGAUAUAGUAAAUCAUGUUGCCGUAGACUCCCAAGACACAAAAGGCUUCAGUUUAACCGGCUCUGGCAUUAGUACUGAUAUCUGGACAAGCUAUGCAGGCAUUAUUAUGGCUAUUUCUGUACUUCCGUUCAUAAUAGUCCAAUUACCACAAAUUUUGCAUUCAAAUUCAGGAAGGCACCUGUCUGUAUUGAUUGGUCUCAUUGUUUCUGCUUCCCUUCUGGUAUCCUAUUGCCUUUACCAGGUAUUCCAGCCAUGGGUUCAAAGGAGGCGACUAGCUUAUGCAAAGCAUAAGCAUGUAAUAUCAGGAAUCUUGAAGCAUUUGAAAAUGCGUGCUCUAGGGAGGCUUUCUACUGAGGACGGGAGACCUAAUGAAGAAGUACUGGAGAAGCUGUUUAAAGCAAUUGAUGAAAAUGAGGACGGACACCUUUCACACUCAGAAUUAAGAGCUCUAAUUCUUGGAAUCCAGUUCAACGAGAUCAAUUUGGAUCGGGAAGAUGCCGUGGAGAAAGUGAUGAAGGAUUUUGACAUCAGUCUUGACUCUAGAGUUGAUUUAAGAGAGUUCAUUCAUGGAGUUGGGCGAUGGCUUCAAGAGGCGAGAGCAGUUUCUAACUAUGCCGGUUCAAUGAAGUAUAUAGAUGAUUUUCACAUGCAAACAAAGAGAGACCACGAUCUUCUGGGUGAUCAAAGUGAUGAGAUUGUCGAGGGUUUUGAGAAUCCACGAUGGAAUUCAAUUAAAGCUGUACUUUUGCUGCUCCUUGGAACUGCGAUUGCAGCUGCAUUUGCAGAUCCUUUGGUUGACGCUGUUGAUAAUUUCUCCGAUGCCACAAAGAUUCCUACUUUUUUCAUAUCAUUUAUUGCAUUGCCAUUGGCUACCAACUCCAGUGAGGCUGUGUCCGCCAUUAUAUUUGCCACCAGGAAAAAGUUGAGAUCCGCCUCUUUGACAUUUUCAGAGCUGUACGGAGCUGUUACGAUGAACAAUGCCCUGUGUCUAUCAGUCUUCUUGGCACUUGUUUAUGUUCGAGGGCUGGUCUGGGAUUUCUCAUCCGAAGUGCUGGUCAUUCUGAUUGUGUGCAUUGUGAUGGGGGUGUUUGCCAGCAUUCGCACGACUUUCCCACUUUGGACUGCUUUCUUAGCUUUCUUACUGUAUCCAUUUUCUCUGGCGCUUGUGUAUGUUCUUGAUUAUGUCUUCGGCUGGUCAUAAAUCCUGUUUUGGGUUUUGGCCUUGAGCAAUUUGUUUUCUUUUCUAGUGUAAAUUUCUGGUAACAAGUCUCCAUGAGAUCUCGAGUGUUACUGUAAAACUCGAAAGGUUCUAAUUUGUGGGAAAGUUGUGUUUGAGAAUCUUAUUGAUUAUUACAUUUUUGAGAACUUAUUUACAACUUUGUUGAAAGUAAUGGUAGCUACGGUCGAUCUUGGUUUGA